GAUACUAGGAUGAUGCACCUGCCUUGCCCCUCCGGACCGGACCGCAUUGGAUUUACCAAGAACGCGCCGAAUUUUAUGGAGUAUCUUUAAUUGAAGCGACACAUCGGUGUGGUUUUGCAAAGUUCUGAACAAGCUGGGAGUAUUAUCUGAUCAUGCGUAAUUUGGCGCCCUUGUGGAUGUUUCGCUGACGCCAAUAUCAACACUAUUCCGUAUUGCAAGGAAGGACACGAGAAGCAUGGACUAAGCAUUUCUAUCAUUCACAGUUACAAUGGGCUCAUUAAAAGUUUAUUUUGCGCUUUGCACUUUUUGCCUCUUGUCAGUUUCAGGUUUCGGGGUCGACCCUGCCCUGCGCGUGAAUGUCUUCGACGAACUGAGGCUCGGGGAGACUUUCGCCGGUGUUUUCCAAGUUCAGGGUUUCCACAACGACAGCAGAGCAUACCUGUUUCAAGACUCGUGGAGGAAUGUGCGUGCGUCUGCCGAGGCGGCGGAGCAGGUGUUUGCGCACCUGAGAGGGAGGACGGAGUUCACUCUGCUCUUCACCGUCAAACAGGAGCGCCUCAACUCUGGAGUGCUGCUCUCCAUACACUAUGCUGAACAGAGGUUCCUGGAGCUGGAGAGCAGUGGUCCGCGCAGUGAGAUCCGGCUCCACUACAGCGCCGGCGACCAGCGUGCCCACACCGAGGUGUUCCCCUACAGCCUCGCCGACAACCGCUGGCACAAGGUUGCCGUGGGAAUCAGCGCCUCACACCUGGUGCUGCACGUGGACUGCAGCAAGAUCUAUGAGAGGGUUGUGGAGUCUCCCUCCAUGGACAUCCCCAGUGGAAGCACCCUAUGGCUUGGACAGAGAAACAAAGCCCAUGGCUUCUUUAAGGGUAUAAUGCAGGACGUGCAUCUGGUCAUGAUGCCCCAAGGCCAUAUCGCCCAGUGCCCAGACCUCAACCGCACGUGUCCUACGUGCAACGACUUCCACGGGCUGGUCCAGAAGAUCAUGGAGCUGCAGGACAUCCUGGCCAAGACGUCCAGCAAGCUGAGUCGUGCGGAGGAGAAGAUGAGGUCCCUGGACGGUUGCUACUGUGAGAGGACCUGCAGUCUAGACGGAGAAACCUACAGGGAGGACGAGUCCUGGAUAGACGGCUGCAACAACUGCACAUGCUCAAAUGGCACGGUCCAGUGUGAGGCCAUUUUCUGCCCGCCUCCUCAGUGUCCCCCAGACACAGCGCCAGCCUACAUGCCCGGCGCCUGCUGCAAGGAGUGCCAACCCGUGUGUUUGUUCAGGGGUCGCGUGUAUGUGGAAGGCGAGAGGAAGAGUGUGCGUGAUGUGGCGGGGAACUGCCUCCUGUUUGAAUGUCAGGACCGUUCCAUGCGGCGGGUGGAGAACGCUGCUUGUCCGGAGUUGAACUGCCCGGAGUCGGAGCAGAUUACACUGACUGACCGCUGCUGCAAAGUCUGCCGAGGCCAUGACUUCUGUGCUGAGGGCCACAGUCAGAGCUGUGUGGAGAACUCGGACUGCAUUAACCUGGAGGCAGGAGCCUGCUGCAGCUGCAGAGAUGGCUACCGCGCACUGAGGGACGACAGCGCCUACUGCCAAGAUAUAGAUGAGUGUGCGGAGGGGAAACACUACUGCAGAGAGAACACGGAGUGUGUGAACACGGCCGGCUCCUUCAUGUGCAUCUGCCACGCCGGUUUCAUCCGCAUCGACGACUACUCCUGCACUGAGCAUGACGAGUGUGUGAGCGGGCAGCAUGGCUGCGAUGAGAAUGCCCUCUGCUUCAACACCGUGGGCGGCCACAGCUGCUCCUGUAAGCCCGGCUACGUCGGAAACGGCACCGUCUGCAAGCCAUUGUGUGAUGGCCUGUGUCAGAAUGGAGGUUCGUGUGUUUCCCCGGACACCUGUAUCUGCCAGCAGGGCUUCACUGGGAAGAGGUGUGAGUCAGACAUUGACGAGUGCGCGAACGGCUUUGUGGAAUGCGACAGUCGCGCCACCUGCAUCAACCUGCCCGGAUGGUACCACUGCGAGUGUCGCGACGGCUACCACGACAACGGGAUGUUCUCGGCCAAUGGGGAGUCGUGCGAAGACAUAGACGAGUGUGAGAACGGCCGCCACAGCUGCACCAAUGACACGGUGUGCUUCAACAUGGACGGAGGCUACGACUGCAGGUGCCCUCACGGCAGGAACUGCUCCGGAGACUGUAACCAUGACAGCAAGGUCAAGCACAACGGACAGAUCUGGGUGCUGGACAGCGACAGGUGCUCGGUCUGCUCCUGCCAGAGCGGGCAGGUGAUGUGCAGGAGGAUGGUGUGUGACUGUGAGAACCCCACGGCGGACCUGUUCUGCUGCCCCGAGUGUGACCCGCGCCUCAGCAGCCACUGCAUGCACCAGAACGGCCUGCUCACCUACAGCAGCGGAGACACCUGGGUGGAGAACUGCCAGCAGUGCCAGUGCAUG